UACAAUGGUUUUCUCUUUUUUAAAAUAAAGAAAAAUAUGAGAGCCGCAACAGUUAUAUAAAUUGACUUAUUUUCGAUAUAUAAAUAAAAUAAUAAAGGAACUGUGGAUAAUUUGAGGUAAAAAUAAUCCACAGCGGGGUGUUGAGGGGGGAGGGCGCCAAGUUGCUGCGUGAGUAAGAUGGCGGUGGUUGCCGGGGAGUGUGCUGGGGCAGGUUAGGCACAGCUCGGUGAAUGUUGCUUUCUUUUGCCCUUCAUUUUAUUUAACUCGGUAACUGGGCGUUUUGGAAGGCUCCAAGGUCGGGCAGAGGUGCUGGGUGUUGAGAGCCGCCUUACAGCAGCUUCCCUCGGUCCCCUAUUCUGCCCCGACCCUGGGCUCCAGGCCCCGGGCCUCUCUCGGACUCCGGAUGGACGGGCACGGCAGCAAUGUACCCGCCUUCCUCACCAAGCUGUGGACUUUAAUCGAGGAUCCUGACACCAAUGAAUUCAUCUGCUGGAGCGCAAGUGGCAACAGUUUCCAUGUCUUUGACCAAGGACGUUUUGCAAAAGAAGUGCUUCCGAAAUACUUCAAGCACAACAACAUGGCCAGCUUUGUGCGGCAGCUCAACAUGUAUGGCUUCCGUAAAGUUGUGAACAUUGAACAAGGUGGCCUUGUGAAGCCAGAGAUGGACGAUACAGAAUUUCAACACAUGUACUUUAUCCGAGGCAAAGAACACUUGCUGGAAAAUAUCAAGAGGAAGGUGACAAAUAUAUCAAACGUAAAGCCUGAAGAGCUGAAAAUGCGUUCGGAUGAUGUCAGUAAAAUUCUGAAUGACGUCCAAAUCAUGAAAGGGAAGCAGGAGACACUGGAUGCCAAGCUCAUAACCAUGAAGCAUGAAAACGAAGCAUUGUGGCGUGAAGUGGCCAGUCUUCGCCAGAAACACGCACAGCAGCAGAAAGUCGUGAAUAAGCUAAUUCAGUUUCUGAUUUCACUUGUGCAAUCCAACAGAGUCAUUGGCGUGAAGAGGAAAAUGCCUCUAAUGCUAAAUGACAGUAGUUCAGCGCAUUCCAUGCCAAAGUACAGUCGCCAGUUCUCAUUGGAACCCUUGCAGGAAUCAACGGUACUGACACAGACUUGUGCAAAUUUCCCAGGAAACAACUGUUACGCACCAGACAGCACUUUGUCAUCUGGUCCAAUUAUUUCAGACAUUACAGACCUGGCACAGUGCAGUCCUGCACCCUCCCCAUCUCUUAAUGUGGAAAGAAGUAGUCCUCUGCUCCAUAUUAAAGAAGAGCCCCCAAGUCCAACGGCUCAUCCGGAUAUUGAGGUGGUCACUGUAGGCACCAGCACUGAAGAGCCACUCUCUCCGUCAACCUUCAUCGAUUCCAUCCUCGAGGAUAACGAUGCCAGCACUGCACAACCACAGCCUGAGGACCAAUGUCUCAGUGUGGCCUGUCUUGACAAUUUGAUUCAAGCCCAGCAGAUGUCAGAAGUCAAUUGCGUUAUCUCCAGUCUUUCCUCUUCUACUCAUCCCAGAGCUCUGCUAGGAAGUGAUCUGUACAAUCACUUGGAUCGAAUUGAUUCCAGCCUGGAUAACCUACAGAACUUAUUAUCAGGACAGACUUUCAGCAUGGAAUCCAGCACUCUGUUAGAUCUGUUCAACCCAUCACUGUCUGCUGUCGACUUGAAUUUGCCAGACGUGGAAGGCAACCUUGCUGCAAUGCAGGAUCUAUUGGGCUCACAGGAACAGAGAUAUUCAGAGAUACAAACAAACACAGAAGAUACAGGAAAACAGGUUGUCCAGUACAGUGCCCCACCUCUGCUGCUGGUCGACUCCAACUCCAACGACGCAGGAGACCUCCCUGUCUUAUUUGAAGCUGGAGAUUCUCCAUUCUUCACACCAGAAGAGAACCUGAAUCCAGAACCCACGGACGAAGACCCACUCUCCCUCCUAUCAAGCACUGACCUGACAGACACGAAGGACCCAUCCGUCUCCUAACUAUGGGAGAAACUCUCUCCCCAGCUUUCUCGCCACCGCCCCCCCCCCAAACAUGCUGGAAUGCUUGUUCAGCCCAUAGCUUUCUGCUUCAGGAAAGGAUGCAGAUGCAGUACAAAGGAGUGAAAUAGUAUCUAUAAAUAUUUCAUUUUGACGACCAGUUUGUGUUACUAACCUGAAACUCUCAUGGCAAGAGCUUAUUAUGACAGGGAAGAGAGUCAUAGGGUUUCUGCUCCUGUUGUGAUUAAGGACAAGAUUGAUUGCAGUGGCAAUUUUAAGUUCUUGUUAUAGUCCACCCCACACACCACCCUCCUCUUGGGAAGCAGAUCGACCUCUAUCCUAAGAGCACCAGGUUCUGUCUGAGGGCAAUUCUGAAACCACUCUGAUUUUUGUCCUGGGUGAGGAAAGAUAAUUCUGCUGUCUUGUUUAAUUCACUUCUAUUCUGCCCCUCUUCUCCACUCCUCCUUCCCCAAACCCUGCCUUCACUGUCCUUGUUCUUGUAUAUUUACACGUUAAUCCAGUUGCUGAAUACUGAAGAUGUAUUUUUGAUUCAUAUAUUAUUAAAAAAAAGUUUUUUUAAAAAGACAAGUAAAUAUUCCAGCUUGUACUCUAAAUCCUAUGAUGCUGUGGUAGAAAGGAGGUUUAUUUUUUUAUACAUUAUAUUUUGGAAGCUUGUAAAAGGGUUUUGUGAAAAAUCAGAAAUUGGAAUGGGGUGGGUGUUGGAAUCUGUUAUAACAACUUGUAACCCAUGCAUAUCUUGUAUCCAUUUCCCACUCUGAAACCUACACAUAUACUCACCCAGAGUGGGGGUGAGUUCAAGCCAUUGAAAUCAACUCUAAGUUCUUUAUAUCACUAGCUUAGUUAGAGGGAAUUAAAGGGUAUGUCUCCCAGUAUUUUGAAUUUUUUAAAAAUUAGAUCUUGGUGCUUACACUUAUAAAGCAUAGUUUCAAACGAUGCUGUUUCUCCCCCCCCCCCCCCCACCCCCAUCCAGUAAUUGUCGUCUGUCAGGUUAGUUCUGUGCAAAGGAGCGUAAGUGGCAUUUUUCAAAGAACAUUUUUCACCCUGUCCUGACCAUAAUUGAACUUGCACCCGGCUAUCAUUGAACUGGCAUGCCAUUUGUUACCCAGUCAUGUUUGUUUGUAUGGCCUUGCUUUAUACAAUUGGUCAGUCUGCUUGAGAAUGGCUCAAGACUGUUCUGGACUUUCCCAGAGUAGGGCAGAAGAGGUUUGACAGGGUAGGUAGGUUGGAUGGAUGAGUAGUUUGGCACGCCUGUGUUUUUGCCUUGGCCUCCAUCAAAGCCACUUGAAAUAUUUGAAACCUUCCAGGAAUUUUGCACAGCCCCAAGCCAAAGAUAUAUCACUGACGAUACUGUGGGUUUUUUUCUGAAAAUGUUUAGAGACGUGUUUUCUCUGUCCUAGAAUUCCAUCAUCGUGACACAGCUCAGAAUAUCUGCUUCAUAAGUCAGGUGCCGGAUGUGGAAACUAUGGUACUCCCAUUGUAACUGCCUAACCAUUGGUGGAGCCUUAUGCUGGUAAUGUCCACCAACAGAGGAAGGUCCUGCUGUUGGUUUGCUUGUUCCACCAAUAGGUGUGUCUGCUGGGCAUUAGCUGCACUUCCCAACAUGUUUAUUGGCUGCUGUGACUUGGAAAUGUGAGUGCUGUGCAAGUAAGCUCUUCUGUCGUUUGCUGUCGCCCAGAGGUUUCGUUGUUGGUUAGAGUGUGUUUUGUUCAACUAACAAAGAAUCACUUUGAAUAUAGAGCUUCAUGGUCUUCUUCAUUCGCAUUGUCACCCUUUAAUCAUAAUAGCAUUGUGACUGAAAUCAUGCAUUUUGUAAUGAAGAAAUCGUCAUAGAGAUGCGGAAAACAAACCCUUCGGUUAAUCUUGUCCAUUUGACCAAGUUUGCGUUUACCUGUUAGCUUGUUGCAUUUACCUUCCACAUCCUUUUAAACCAGGGAUUCCCACCCUGGGGUCCAAGGACCUCUUGCUUAAUGUUAUUGGUCAGCAUAAAAAAGGCUGGGAACCCCUUCUCUGAACCUUUCCUAUCCAUGUACUUGUCCAAGCCAUAGAACACUACAGCACAGAAACAGGACCUUCAGCUCAUCUAGUCCUUACCAAACUGUUAUUCUGCCUAGUCCCAUUGCAUUGCACCCGGACCAUGCCUUUCCAUCCCUUCCUAUCCGUAUACAUGUCCAAGCAUCUCCUAAAUGAUGAAAUCGAACUCACAUCCAUACUUCUGCUGGCAGCUUGUUCCACACUCCUACCACCCUCUUGAAUGAAGAUGUCAUACCUCACCUUUCGCCCUUAACCCAUGACCUCUGGUUCUAGACUCAGCCAACCUCAGUGGAAAGAGCCUGCUUGUAAACCCUUUCUAUACCCUUCAUAAUUUUGUAUACAUCAAAUCUCGCCUCAUUCUCCUGCAUUCCAGGGAGUCUGGAUACAAUUAAAUGUGCCUUCUGAAGAAACCCCUGAUGUAAGUGCAUAGUAAUUUCAGCAAGUGUCUUAAUUACCCACGUAAAGUGCCAAAGCUGCAUUACUCUGCUGCCGUUCCCUCCUCCUCUUUCUCUUUCCGCCUUCCCGCCAUCCCGCCACCUCGUACCUUGCUGCUUUUCCUGAGCCCUGAACGGUUAGAGGCAAGUUGCAGCUCAGCCCAGUAGAGGAUCCAUCUUCAUCCCGAAAAGGGAGGGGUGAACCACUUGGGUUUUCAGUCUGGCAGAAUGUAGUCAUUUCAUUUCUGGUUAAGCCACAAACUGGAUUUUAACAAUUCUUUUUCCUCGGGUUGUCACAUUGGAAUGUAAAUUUAACAACACUGGGCUGCUGGUCCAGAUCAAAACAUAUGGCCAAUUUAAUGAAAUCUGUAAUUUAGAGACUGAUGAAAGUAUUCCUCCCUCUGGAAAUGAAAAUGCUCUAAAGCAGGGGUUCUCAACCUUAUUUAUAACCUGGACCCUUACCGUUAAUGGAGAGAUUCAUGGACCCCAGAUUAGGAAUCCCUGUUCUAAAGGAACUCUACUGGGAGAGGUGGAUGAGGAUAAAGGCUGUUUCAAGUUGGAGCCCCAAACUUGCCUUAAUUGAUCGUUACAAAUUUGUGCGUGGCACUGGGGUGGGUGAGGAACACUAGCCAGAAAGGCAAAUGAAAUAUUUGAAGGUCUUUGGAUAUAGGACAAGAGUGCAAAGUGAUGUGGUUAUCCAGGAGCUCACCACAAGUUUUAUGGGCUGCUGGGUGGCAUGAGCAUCUCUGGAGUUGUUGGAGAUUAUUUAAAUUUUGUGAUUAGCUGUUGAGCUCAGUGCCUGUUGGUUGCCUGCAAUGCUGUAAGUGGUGGGGAAGAGAGCAAUGCCAGUAGAUUCAUUAAUCACAUACAAAGCAUACAGUGAAAUCUGUUGUUUGCACAUUCAAGCAGCAAACUCUGAGGAUGUGCUGGGGGCAGCCCACGGGUGUGCCCACAAUGUUUAGCAGAACAACAUGCAGCCAACAUACAGCAAGACAGACACAACAACUUCAAAACAAAUCCCUUCCAAUUUAAUUGUUGUUCCUAAUUAAUUUUGAAUGAAGAUGCCCAUGAUCUGUCUCUGUAUUGCUGCAAUUCACGUGCUGACAUUACAUCAAUAUGUAGACAUGGCUUGCUACCCAGCAGUAGGGAGGGACAGUGAUAGGUUCUCCAGAGCUAGAUGAUAUAUGGUUUUGAGGGGGGUUUUAAGGUGUUUACAUGCACAUGCUGCUAACAACCUUCUCUGAUGAAGGGAAGAGACGUCACAGAAGCCUUGGCUAGUUGUUAAACACGAGAUACUGCAGAUGCUGGAAGUCCAGAGUAAUACAGAAAAUGCUAGAGGAACUCAGCAAGUCAAGCAGGACCUAUGGAGAGGAACAAACAGUUGACGUUUCAGGCCGACAUGAAGGGCCUCACUCUGAAAUACUGGUAGUUUAUUCUCCUCCGUAGAUGCAGCCUUACCUGCUGAGUUCCUCCAGCACUUCGUGUGUGUUAUUGGUACGUCGAUCUUCUUUGGGGUUACUGGAGUUGCACUCCAUCCAGGCAUUUCCAAGUUUAUAUCUUGUGGAUGAAAAGGCUCCAGGGAAUUUGGUGCUGCUUACUCAGCUCCUCUCCUGGUUGUGUAGCUUACAUGGCUGGUUGUGUCUCCCAGGUACUCAGGGUGAGGUGUUUAGACUCUUGGUGGAAUUGACACACACAAAAUGUUGGAGGAACUCAGCGGGUCAGACAUCAUAUGUGGAGGAGAAUAAACAGUCAGCAUCUGAGACAGUUUCUCAGGACUGGGCCUGGACCCAAAACAUCAACUGCUUAUUCCACUCCAUAAAUACUGAGUUCCUCCAGCAUUUUGUAUGUGUUGCUCAAGACUGCCAGCACCUGCAGAAUCACGGGGUUUUUUUUAAUGUUAACCAGUUCCUUUAGGCAUAAGUGCUUCAUUAUCAAAGGCAUAGCAGAUGGAAGUGAACAUUGAGCAGUCAUCUGUAGACAUCAGCACUUCUAGUGCUGAGAUAGAAAGAGGCCUGUUAAUGGCAGAGGACACCAUGUGUCUCAGUAUGAUUUCUACCAAUCCUGCCAUGCUGUCCUCAUUGUUCCGAGAGUUUGAAUCCAAGGAGGUGUUGGGUCAUGGAGUCAGAUGGUGGGAGGAAAUGGACUUCAGCUGCUGGGCCAUGGCACCACAUGGAUUCCUCCAUUUGUUCUGAAGGCAUGGCUGAGAGUUGACGGUUGCAUCCAGUUCCAGUGAUAGGAUCGAUCCGGAGUGGUCUUUCUGUUGUUUUAUGGUUGCAUUUUGGCAGGAGAUGUUUACGGUUGAGACAUCUGCUGUGCCAUUUCAGGUGACUAAGACGGGUCACCUAUAAUAUUUUUGAGAUCAAACUCAUGUUUAAGCCAGUAUCUGACCCAGUCUUCUUCCCCCCCCCACCCCAUAUAAGGGUGUGUGAUGGGAAAAAGGAAGCUGUACGUUGUAUCCAACCUCCCCAUCCCUGUGCUUGGAAUAUAUGGCAGGACAAGUAUGGAGGGAUUUUUUCUUUCCCUACCCUACUGAGGUGUUGGUUGGGGGGGUCGUGGGCGGUAGCUUUAUUCUAUUACUAUCCCAUUCUGUCCAUACCCUGGAGGUAGGGAGGGGUGGCAGUUCACUCUGUAUCUAGCCCAUUCUUGUCCCUACCCUAGUGAAAUGUUGGUUUGGGGGUGGGGGAGGUGAUCAGUAGCUUUAUCCUGUUACUAUCCUAUUCUGUCCCUACCCUGGAGGUAGGGAGGGGGGUGGCAGUUCACUCUGUACCUCAGUUCAAGAACCCAUUCUUGUUCCUGCUCUGGAUAUGUUUAGUGGGACAGUGUAAAGGAGCUUUACUCUGUAUCCAGCAAUAAAUACUGAGACAGGCUUUUUAUUCCAGACUUAAUUAACUGACAUUUAAAUUCCACAGUGGUAUUUACAUAUGGUUUUUCCCAGGGUUCAGAGUAUUCACUCUUUGACUUAACUCUUGAUCCAAAAGAUGUUAUUUUUGACCCUGUGGCGCUCCCUUGGCACCCACAGACAUGCGGUGCAUUCCAGUUCCACAUAGAGCAGGUUGAGUUUCAGCCCUGCCUGGAAGGUGAUCUCCAGGGCAGAAGGAGCAUGCUGCAACCAGUGACAACAUCUGUAGAUGGGCUCUGGGGUGCCACAGUUACAUAGAGGUUAGUGGGGAGGCUAUUACAGCUCUGCAUGUAGGAGUUUGUAGGUUCUUUUCCGUGUGCGGGUGGGUUUCCUCCAGUGCUCUGAUUUCCUCCCACAGUCCAAAGGUAUACUGGUUAGUAGGUUAAUUUGUCAUUGUAAAUUGUCCCGUGAUUAGAUCAGGGUUGAAUCAGUGAGUAGCUGGGCCAGCUACAGUUCCGCACAGUAUCUCUAAGUAAAGGAAAUAGCUGAAGGAGAAUCUGGAUUCUCUCAAGCCAGAGCAGGUGGUGCUGAGUGUUGUUCCAGGUGAAGUGCCCAGUAAUCUGACUGCCCAUGUUCACUGUAGUAAGUCCCCACCAACUGCUGACCCUUUACAGUCAUUUAACUGAACUCUGGCCAUCCUUGCAGCUAUCUCACACACCAGUGGAGGCGACCAGUGAAUUACCUCUUGCUGCAUGUGAAUUAGUGUUUGAUUGUGCCUGAGCUCCCAGACACUAGUGUACUACUGAUGGCCUAGCUAUUAAAGGUGUCAUCUGGUCCCCUUCACCUCCUCAAGGGGUGUCUGCUCCCUCCGAAUACUGUUCCAUUCCUGUGUUGGUCACUCGGUUCCAGUACCAAAAACUGUGAUGGUAUCCUGUCUGGUAUUAAUCUACAUGAAAUGAAAGAAAGCUGACAGAGUCAUAGAGCACUACAGCACAGAAACGGGCCUUUUGGCCCUCCUGCCUCAUCCCAAGGCCCUCCAUACCCCUCUAUACUUGCUGUUACAGUCAUUAGAGUCAUUCAGCACUACUAUAAUACCGAAAGGAGCUUUUCAGCCCAUCUCAUCCAUGCUGAACUCCUUUUCUGCCACGUCCCAUGAAACUGCACCUGGCCCAUAGCCCUCCAUACCCCCCUACACUUGCUGUUACAGUCACAGAGUAUACAGCAGAAACAGGCCCUUCAUCUGUGCUGAACUGUUAUUCUGCCUAGAAUCCAUGUGCAAAGUUUAAGCUGAUCCGAACUUUACUCCACUUUACAGCCCAUUUCCAAAGCCCUUUGAGACUUUCAGACUAAAGUUUAAUAUUGGCAUUCUGAUUUGAGAUUUUUAAGUAAUUCCAAUAUGUAAAAACAAACACUGUUACAUUCUGAUAUGUCGGGAGAGUAAGCUAUUAGGUAAGCAAAUGAAAUGGCAGUCUUUAUUUGCAAGGGUCUCAGAGUGUAAGAGUAGGAAGUCCUGAUGUGGUGUGUACAGUUUUGAUCUCCACAGUCUAAGUGAACACGGAUUCAGUGUGAAGAGACUGGAGUACCAUCUGGUCCAUUGCCAUGCUCUGCCAUCUAAUGAUUAAAGUUCUUGUUUUACCAUAACUUCACUAACCUGUUCUUCAAGAAUCUCAGUUAGUACCUAAAAAUCGUUUGAGCUCGGUCUUGAACUCCACAGUCCUCUCAAUGGGAAUUUCCAGAUUCACCACCCCAUUAAAUAAAUUUCUUUUUCAUAAAUGCCCUCCUCUUUCCCAUCUCAGUUCUGAAGAAAUUUGAAUGGUUUGUGAUCAGCGUUUUCUGUGUCUCUGUGCCUCAAACUUAGGGCAGUUUGAACAGUGGGGCAGCCUAAAAGCGAGAGAGAGGGUGUAGAUGAGAAUCAGGAAACUGAAGCUGUCCCUCUCCCUCUGCCCUACCCAUGGGAACAGUUCACAACCUCUUGAAGUUGGAAACAGGCCUGUGCUUUCUCAGUCACCCUGGAGCAGGCCCUGACCACAACUCCCCUCGCCCCUGGUUAAUGUCCCCGCAGAGUCAGUCAGACCUUCAGUCUGCUAUAGUGCAUGAACCAUGUGGAUCAAAUGCCACCUAGUUGACAAGAGGAGUGUUCCAACCCUUUCACUUAAAUGUUCCUGAGUGUAAACGGAUUUGAUUUGAUUCUUUCUGAUAUCUAAUGGGUGGGAAUUGGUCAUUUGACCAUAAGACAUUAGGAGCAAAAUUGGACUACUCAGCCCAUCAAGUCUGCUCCGCCAUUCCAUCAUAGCUGAUUUAUUAUCACUUCCAUUCCCAUUCUCCUGCCUUUGGCACCCUAACUAAUCAAGAACCUAUCAAUGACCGCUUUAAAUAUACCCAAUAACUUGGCCUCUACAGCUGUCUGCAGCAAUGAAUUCCACAGAAUCACCACCUCAAGCUAAAGAAAUUCCUCCUCAUCUCUGUUCUAAAGGGAUGUCCUUCUAUUCUGAGGCUGUGCCUCUGGUCCUAAAUCCCCCACGCCACCACCCUGUUGAAAUUAAAGUUGAUGUGAACUUGUCUUUGACUCCAUUGUUACCACCUGUUCCCAAAGCCUUUUGACUCCCCUGCAGACCGAAAAUUAACGGUGGCUUUCUGGUGAUUUGAGAUUUUAAAAUCCAAUAUGCAAAACUUACAUUGGUGGUCUUCCAAAUUAGCCAGGCACCCACAUCCACAUUCCUACACACCUUACAUAGACUAUCCACACACCACAUUCUGCCUUUGGACACGACACUGCGCUCUAUGUAGCACUGUCCUUGUUUAGUUCCUGUGGCGAAUGGCAAAUAUAUAUAUAUCAGACGUUCAGUCUUCAAUAUUGUAUUUAAAUGCUUUAAAUCCAGAUCCCUUGAGUGAGUGAAGGGAUUCUGAAAUGUAGAUAAAUUGUAAGUGCAACUGUUUUAUGUGAUAAUAAAGAUGGUUUUAUAUAUAAUCUAUGCUUAGGGGAAAAAAACAAAGCGGUUCUUUGUUCCUCUGAUUUUAGAAUGAUCUUUGAAUGCUUUGAUACAGAAGGUUAUACUCUACGAGGUUCAAGUUCACAGUAAAUUUAUUAUCAAAGUACAUAUUUGUCACCUGUACACCACCCUGAGGUUCAUUUUCUUGUGGGCAUUCACAGCCAGUACAAAGAAACAGAAUAGAAUCAAUGCAAGAACUGCACACAAAGAUGGACAAACAACCAAUGUGCAAAAGGCAACAAAUUGUGCAAAUACAAUAAAAGCACAAAAUAAUAAAUAAAUAAUAAAUGUUGAGAACAUGAGGUGUAGAGUCCUUGAAAGUGAGUCCAUAGUUUGUGGAAUCAGUUCAAUGCUGGGGUGAGUAGAGUUGUCCACACUGGUUCAGGGACCUGAUGGUUGAAGGGUAAUAACUGUUACGAACAUGGUGGUGUGAGUCCUGAGGCUCCUUCAUCUCCUUCCCAAUGGUAGCCAUGAGAAGGGGGUAUGGCCUGGAUGGUGCUUUCCUGCAACAGCACUCUAUGUAGAUGUGCUCAAUGGUAGGGAGGGCUUUCUACCCCAGCCUUGGUUUUGCAGAGUUUGCAUAGCAGGCACCCAAUUUGUUAUGGCUAAGUUCAAGUUUAAUUUUCAUGCAACCAUACAUGAAUACAGCUAAACAAAACAGUGUUCCUCUGGGUCCAAGCUGCAAAACACAUUGCACAAGGCACAAAUAGUUCAUAUAAGGUAGCAGUAAACAUACAAUCACACAAAAAAUAGCCCAAGUCCCUGAGGGUCAUGUGAUGAGGAUUGUUGGACAUCACACUCAGAGUUGGGCUAUAUUUUUUUGUGUGUGUGCCUGCUUACUGUUAUAUGUGCUGUAUGUGAAUCUACAGUAAGAAAAAGGUCACCACUUGCAUCUCGUUUGGAUGAGAUGUUUAAGGGGGUUAUUGCCAACACAGUGGUUAGUGCUGAUACUUAAGAGCUCCAGAAUCUGAAUUUGAUUCUGGCCUCCAGUGCUAACUGCAUAGAGUUUGCACUUUCUCCUUGUGUCUGCGUAGGUUUCUUCCAUAUUUCCAAGGAUGUACAGGCCAGUAGGUUAGUUAGUGAGAUUUGCCCUGGAAUAGGUCAGUGAUGAAUGAAUCAAUUAGGUGUGUGAAAAGUUUUUUUUAAGUGUAAAUAUUUUUGCAGACAGAGAAAGGUGUAUUAUGGGGAAGGGAGAGAGUGAUUCUGCAGGGGGCUGGCAUGGACUUGAUGAGGUGAAUGGUCUUGGGUUGUACAUGAGUAGACCCCUCAGUUUUGGGGUAAAGCAGCCAUGUGUACUCUGUUUCCAGCCUGCUUUUAUUCCUCAGCUACACUCACUGUACAGUAGCACAGUUAUCUCAGCCACUGCCCAAUCAUCAGACACCCAGAUUUGUUACAGCAAGCCAAAUCAUUCAGCACCCAGUGGUCGGUUGAAACCAAUCCCAGGCUGGCUUUCACUGAUUGGCGUUGUCCCAAUCAAGGAUUCAAUUGUUCAAGGGUAAACUGUCCAAAUAGUCGUAAUGGGGAGUGUGAGUUUUGAGUUGAGAUUUGAGACUGGUGUAGUUUUAUUGAAUAAAGGGUUAUUUUGAAUUCCAGCUUGUUCUACUGUCUGGCU